AAUAAUAAUAACAAUGACAACAAAGGUUACCAACAGAAAAACACAAAAUUGAGUAAAAAAAGAAAAGAGAGACAUUUUUUUGUGUGUUUCCUCCUUGUCGUUUAUGCAAUACUCAACAAGAUCCAGGUGAACUCUCCUUGAUAUAAAAAAAUAAUUAAACAAAUUAUUAUUAAAUAACAAGUUGAUAAUAUAAAAUCAGUAAAAAUGCUGCGAUUUGUUGCUGGACGUGUUAACAAUAUUGUUCGCAGUGCAAUUGUACCAAGAACAGCAACAACAACAACACCAUCAUCAUCAGUUCUUGUAAGUCAGGUCAGAAAUUCAUCUCAUGAUGUUGAAGAAAGUGAUGAAGCUUUUGAUGCAAGAUACGAGGCAUAUUUUAAUCGUUCAGACAUUGAUAGCUGGGAAGUUCGUAAAGCCAUGAAUGAUUUAGCUGGCAGAGAUCUUGUACCAGAACCAAAAAUCAUCAUUGCUGCAUUGAAAGCUUGUCGUAGACUCAAUGAUUUUGCUCUUGCAAUAAGAUUUUUGGAAACAUGCAAAUUCAAAACUGGAAAUUACACAGAUAAAAUUUGGCCAUAUCUUGUUCAAGAAAUACGUCCAACUCUUGAUGAACUUGGUAUCAAUACACCAGAAGAACUUGGCUAUGACAAGCCAGAGUUGGCACUUGUUCCAGCAUAUGAAAUUCACUAAUAAUCUUUAUCUAAAAUUAAACAACUAGUCUUUAUUGCUAGAGAAAAACAAUAAUCCAAACAAAAUUAAUCAAUAAACCCAUCAUUGUUCUUUUUGUUCUAAAAUAUCAAAAGUUUUUUUUUUCUCUACAUGAUAUUAUACAGUUGGCAAUUGAUUAAAUAAAAACAAAAUUAUAAAAAUAAUAAUUAUUAAAAUUAAAAAUGAGUUGACGUUUUAAU